CAUUGACAUGGAAGUCAGUUCAUACUCCAACUUCUUCUGCAACUCCAUAAGCUCUCCUCCACACCCAAUAGAGUUUGAGUUCCAAAUGUCUUCAGUCUCCAUGGAAAGAAAGCCCAUAACCUCCCCGGCUGAUGAGCUCUUUUACAAAGGUAAGCUUCUACCACUUCACCUCCCUCCACGGCUGCAAAUGAUCAAAAAACUCCUGCAAAAUUCGAAUUCUGUUUAUGAAGACAGGAAAGAUAACUUCGAAGAAUUCUAUAGCACCCCAUUAACCUCUACUGUCACAACACCUACAACAACCAGCACUCCAUUUGAAUCCUGCAAUAUCUCACCUUGUGAAUUCUGUCACGUUAGUAGAGAGCUGAAUCCAGAAGAGUAUUUCUUUGAGUGCUUAACACAAGUAAGCGGCUGCAUUGGUGAAAACCCUAAGAAGUCUUGGACCAAAAAGUUUAAGCUGACCAAGCAGUCCUCCAUUGGUUCAAAACUGAAGGCUUCCAGGGCUUAUCUGAAAUCUUUGUUUGACACAGGUUGUUCAAAUGAGUCCUGUGCAGCCGCAAAAGUUGCCGCUGAAGGGUCAGUUUCAAAAGCGAAAGAAAGAUUGGAUAGAUACAUGAAAUCAAGAAACAAAGAUCCAUUCGGGCAAAUCCAUCAGGACAAAUAUCAAAUCUCAACUGCUGUAAUGAGAAGUUUUGACGAAAAAAAGAUUACUGAGAACAAUGCCAAUCGCCAUAGGAGAUCGUUUUCUCUGGCUAUCAAACGACAUUCAACAAACAAGUCUUCUUCCACUUCCUCAUCAUCUGGCUCUUCUUCAUCUUCCUGCUCAAAUGACUCGAAUGGUUUUCAGUACUUGCAAUUUCUUAAAAGAAGCAGCAGCGUGAAUUUAGAGACUGAGAGUCCAAUUCAGGGAGCAAUUGCACAUUGCAAGCAGUCUCAGCAGUUGAUGAGGUCAAGAAAGACUGUUAGUUAAGUUGAGUUCUACUCAUUGUCAGCUUCCUGUA